AGGUUUUCUCGAACUACUAAACAAAAACAUUUCUGAGCAACAAGGGGUUGUCCGAAAUAAUGUCACUUCUAUCAGAUUCUUGGCUUUCAGAAUUGCUGUUCCCUUCCUCCCUGUCGCUGGGGUCGGGUACCACAACGGUCGUGCCGCCAUCCGCCUAUGUCACAUCUCGCAGGCCACAUCUUAUCACAUUAUGGAGUAGUUUUAGUACUACAGCUAGUUCUUGUGUUGUUGUAUGUGUUGACAACUACAUUUUUUUAGAUGCUCUACUUUUUAGUUGUAGACUGAUGUUUUUAGUCCUUCUAUCUCUUUUUGUCCUCUCCUGCUUCGGGUUGCACUCUAAUCCCUGUCCUGGCAGUACAAACCACAAGCAGUGCUUUCCGAGUGAUCGGGAGCGGUGCUUAUGUUGCUGAGGCAUCGGACCCAUUGGGCAGCUUGUUCCUUUUGAUAGGCGUGUGUCUGGGCUGGUACGCCGUGUGGAGGCACCUGCAACUGGAAUACAUAA